AUGAUGUUCCAUUGGUUAGCGUUGGCUGUGCUCAGCAUAUCGCUAAAAGUGACUGCUGCAACUCCCACGUGGCUUAAUCAAGUGCAAAAGCUCGAUCUCUCAGAAAAGACCAAGAUAUACCUACCCAGCGAUGCAAGUUAUGUCAACCAGACGAUACAGAGAUACACCACUUUCCAGGCUCCGACAUAUAAGGUUUCUAUUAAGCCAGCACUAGCUGGAGACGUGCAGAAAAUCGUCAAAUUCGCCGCUUCUCACAAUGUCCCAUUUCUUGCUACAGGAGGGGGCCAUGGCUUCUCUACAACUUUGAGAGCCUUACAUGGCGGGAUCGAAAUCGACCUAGGAUUUUUCAAGAACAUAAGUGUAGAUCCAAAAGCAAGCACAAUGGUCGUAGGGGGAGCAGUACUCAAUGGAGAUGUAAUCCAGCCUUUAUAUGCCGCCGGAAAAGAAUUGCAAACUGGAUCAGAUGCAUGUGUAGGGCUCGUAGGCACAACACUUGGAGGCGGUGUUGGAAGAUAUAAUGGACUACACGGCAUGCUUCUUGAUGCUCUGCAGAGUGUUGAGCUUGUGACAGCAUCAGGAGAUCUUGUGACUGCUUCAAAGAAGGAGAACGUUGAUCUUUUCUGGGGAAUUCGAGGUGCGGGAAUGAACUUCGGAAUUGUAGUUGAAGCUACCUAUCUCGUCCCAGAUUUGACGAAUAAUGGGAAGGUCAUGAAUGCGGACUUCUUAUUCCCUGUCAAUGAAAGUACUGCUGUCUUCGAGUACUUCAAGAGCUUGGAGGAAACUCUUCCUGCGGAAUUAAGCUUGAUCCUUCAAGUUGGAUACAACAUCAAUUUUGGUGGGACAUAUAUCGUUGUGAACGCAGUCUAUGCAGGGUUGAUGAGCGAUGGUCUCCCUCUUAUUCAACCCCUUAUUGAUGCGAAUCCAAGUAUGAAGAGCAUAAGUGUCGUCACCUACAACAAUCUCAUAUCAUCCGCUUUCUUUGGUACGGCACCCAAGAGCGGAAUAUGCACAAAGGGACUGAACAGGAGUGUCUACGGAGUUGGUAUUAAAACCUUCCACAUCCCAACCUUCAUAGAAUAUUUCCAGAAUCUGCAGCAUCUAUAUUCUGAAUAUCCAGCUGCCCAGAGCAGUGUAUUCUUCAUCGAAUCGUUCCCGAAACAAGCUGUGGUUGCAGUUCCGAAUGAUGCCACUGCUUAUCCCCAUCGAGGUACUAAUGCGCACCUGCUGUUCAACUAUGGGACCACGGACCCGGCUAUCCAGACAAAGAUCGAUGACUUUGGUAAGCAGGCGCGAAAUAAUUUCAGUGCCACGUCUGGUUUCGAUGGGCUCCAGGUGUACGUGAGCUACGGACACGGUGAUGAAGGGCCAAUACCUUUGUACUCGGAAAGGAAUCUGCCCAGACUGAGAAAGAUCAAGCAGCAGUGGGAUCCAGAAGGAUUGUUCAACUUCAACCAGCCGUUGGGGAAAAAGUAUCGUCAGGUUUCGAGGAGGCCUAAUAUGAUGUCGAUUGUCCGAGUUGCCGAGUCAGACUCUGGUCUCGGUCUGGUCCCGAGCCGGUCUUCAAUAUGCGUACCUUCGCCUCAAUGA